AUGGUAUGUGUCUUCUGCCUGCUGUCUCACUUUGUGCAGGUGCUGCUGCUGGCGUGGACCUGUGGAGCUUGGGAGCUGGUGCUGGUGUGCUCUAACAAGAGCCAGAAAGAUCAGCCAUUCUCACCUCUGAUGAACUGGCCCCCACCCUGCAUGAGGUCAGGCAUCAGCUCCUGCAUAUCUAUGUAUCUGCAGCUGCACCUAUGGCGAUCAGCUUCCCUGUUUCAGCCAGCAGAGAAGCGGCCUCCCCAAGACUCCCCUGGCAAUGCUGGUGGUAUGUCACCUAGGAUUAACCCAUUCAUUAUCUGGUGUUGUUGUAGAGAUGCAGCCAUGGCUUAG